GAAUGGCAAACGUGAUACACUCUCUCCCAUACCAAGCUGCUUGGCUCAACGGCAUAGCCAUUGCUUUUUUUUUACUCAAUGUCAUCCUCUUCAUCAUGAACUGUGUGCUCGCUGGUUUUCGCUUCAAAUUGCGACCAGGAACGCUGACGCACUCUUUCACCGACCAAACGGAGUCCUUGUUUAUUCCUUCAUCCGUUGUCUCAUUGGCCAUCAUAUCGAUCAACAUAUGCCAAUUCGGCGUCCCAAAUGUUGGUCCAUGGCUCCUUCGAGUCAUGCAAAUUCUGUUUUGGUUCUAUAUAGCCUUGAGCGUGAUAGCUAGCUCGACUAUCUACAUGGUUCUCUGGUCGACACUAGCUUUCCCCAUUCACACCAUGACACCAACAUGGGUCUUCCCAGCCUACCCUCUGCUUCUCACAGCACCUUUCGCGAGCACACUCAUCCAAGCCGCAACUCAGACGAAUCAGCAUACCGUCACUCUUAACACUACCGCAAUAGCCCUUUGUGCCGUUGCCACUCAGGGAGCAGGAUGUCUGAUUGCGUUCAUGAUCUCGGCUGCGUUCAUAUAUCGGUUGAUGACACAGAAGCUACCCAGGGAUUUCCAACGUCCUGGUGUGUUUAUUUCCAUCGGACCGUUUGCGUUUACAGUGGGAGGACUAGUGCAACUCGGCAACCAAGCAGAUACUAUUCUACCCAGCAACUUCCUGGGCGUCGAUAUUGCCGUUCCUAUCAUCAAGGUCAUGUCGGUCAUGAUUGGUCUGUGGCUAUGGGGACUAUCAAUGUGGUUCUUCAUUGUUUCUGUCGGGUCUCUUUGGAAAUAUGUGCGACCAGAAAGCAAGAUGCCUUUCCAGAUGACGUGGUGGUCAUUUGUUUUCCCGAACACGGCGUUGGUGACUUCUACCACCGCCCUCGGCAAGGUCUUCCAGAACAACGGACUGCAGAUCUUCGGAUGUGCCAUGGCCGCUUGUCUACUAGUUGUAUGGAUCAUUGUGUUCGUGACGAUGAUUAGGUGUUUGUACCGUCGGGAGCUUCUAUGGCCGAAAGAUACCCAGUAACGACAGGCAGAUAAUUUUGCUUUUAGACCAUUGUAAAUAUCGGGAAGAUAAUCCCAGCAGAUAUGUUACGAAAUGAAUUUUGGGAGAUCGAUUAUAACAAAACAUUAAUUGUAAAAACUCAACCC